AUGUCAGUUUCAGAGUCAUCAGUCAGGGGAGACUUCAGCAAAGUUCCGAUCAUUGACUUGACCAAUUUGCGCAGUCCCGAGCUUGACAAACGACGAGCGCUAGCAAGAGAAAUUCAUGAUGCCUGUAUGCAAGUGGGGUUCUUCUAUAUCACGAAUCAUGGGAUUCCCCAAGCGACUAUCUCCGCAAUUCACGACGCAGCAUGUCAGUUCUUUGCUCUCCCAGAGGACCGGAAAUCACAAUAUUCCAUAGCAAACUCCAAGAAAUUUCGCGGCUUCAUGCCUCUGUAUGCUGAGCAGAUGACUGGACUCGAACUUCGACAGCCAGACUCUGAUAUUGCCAGCACACCGGGAGCGUAUUCCGAGUCCUUCGAUGUAGGCUAUGAGCUUGCAGCAGAUCCUCGACGAGAACCACAUGAUUCGCUUCCAUCAGACGACUUUGAUCUCUAUGGUGACAACCAGUGGCCCUCUGAGGACGAUUUGCCCGGCUUUCGAAAAACUUACAUCGAGUAUUUCGCCGAGGCACUGAGCCUAUGUCGGUCCUUGAUGCGAAUCUUUGCUUUGGCACUUGACUUGUCAGAAGAGUUCUUCGAUCCAAUGAUGGAGUACCCAGGUGCGACGUCCAGAAUGCUACAUUAUCCUUCACAUCAGUGGAUGAUACGUCCAGGAUCGGAUUAUGAGUGUAUCACCAUUCUAUCCCAAGACAAAGUGCCAGCCCUGCAAGUGCGCAACUAUAGUGAAGAGUGGAUCACUGUUCAACCACUCCCAAACACGCUGGUUGUUAACAUCGCGGAUUGUUUGUCCAUGUGGACAAACCGAAGGUUCAAAUCGACGGUACAUCGGGUAAUCAAUAUCACCGGCGAAGAACGAUAUACGAUCCCAUUUUUCUUUGGAGUGGACUACAAAACAACGGUAUCAGUGUUGCCCAGCUGCGUGUCAGAAGACACUCCGGUAUGUCAAAAGCCUUUUAAAGCGGGAGAGUGGGUGCGCCGUCAAUUGGCGGCGACGUAUGUUGGAUACGGCCAACAGCCGCCGGUUGAAAAACGUUGA